AAUCAGGUACUUCGCACAACUGGACGAAACCCUGUUCGUGUUUGAUUUUGCUAAAUCAGAGGAGAAGAGGGAAGAAUCGGAAAUGAGAGAUGGAAGACGAGCUCCACGGCGUCGUUCCUUGCUCCUCCCUCGCCGUUGAUUCCAUCCUCCGCGUCGGAACGGCCGGUGCUCUAUGGGGCUUGUGUAUCGGUCCGUACGAUGCUCGUAAACUGGGACUCACUGGAGUUGCUCGUACUUCUUUUGUGGCAAAGACAGUCGGCAAAUUCGGCUUUCAAUGUGGACUUGUUGCUGGAAUUUAUACUGUUUCUCGCUAUGGAAUUCAAGAAUACCGGGGAAGGAACGAUUGGGUGAAUGGCUUGGUUGCGGGUGCAGUAGCAGGGGCAGCUGUUGCUGCUAGGACACGAAACUUGACCCAGGUACUUGGGAUGGCUGCUCUGGUUUCUGCCUUUAGUGCUGCUGCAGACUAUUCCCGAACAUCUUGAAGUACCUUUUGGUUGAAGCCUGGGUCUGAGGAACUAGGUAGUUAUCACCAUUUUGUCUAUUAACAAAUCAGCAAAUACUAGGAUACUCGUUAAAAAAAAAAAAUCCCCCAUGGUGACUAUAUACAGAUUAAUUUGUCAAAUAUUCUAUUUUUGACUGAAGAGUAGGUUCUAUUUGGUUUCUCUCUUUAGUUGUCAUAAUGAGCUUUGUUGUGCUACUCAAACUAGUAGAUUUUCAAUCUUGUUGAGUGCAGCAAACUCUUUGUAGAAUAAGAUGAAUUGAUUGGGAAAGACCCGCAUCA